ACCAUGGGGCUGCAAUGAAUCCCCAGGGCUGGCAGUGGGGACGGCACCGGGAUGCAGGGAUGGGUAUGGGCUGUGCCAGGAGGGCUCAUCCCAACCCCACCCAGGGAAUUUCCAACCUCUGUCCUACACAUGGCCCAGGGCACGGCAUGGGUUCACUGGGGUUCUGGGGAGGUGUGGGCUGCAGGGAUGUCAGUGCUGGCUUCUUCCCGACCCCAGGGCUAGGCUUAUUGAAGAGACAUGGCGAUAACACAGGAAAAAUCAGUGCUUUUGUCUCGGGGCUUAAAAGAGCUGCCACCAGUCGCCGUCCCACUGCCGUGCAGUGCCACACUGGGAGCAACUGGGCGAAGGCGUGCGGGCUGCAAGGGAGCAGCAAAGCUCUGUGCCAGAACCACAGCUUCCCUACCUGUCACCGCAUGGAUUUUCAGCCUGAGCACACAAAGCUGAGCUCAGGGGACACUGUCGUGUCGAUUUAGGGUUUUAUCUCCUUUCCUCUCCAUUAGCUCUGAUACCCUCUUAUUAUGCUGCAAAGAGAACCGUUUUCUCCUCCAGCGGUUGUCCCCUUUCCCACUCGGCGCAUAUCGAUCUGCCCGUGUCCUCAGCGUGGGGUGAGCUCAGCACGGCCGUGUCACCUCACAUGCCAUCACCCAUAGGGCCAAGGAUGGAGAGGAAAGGACAGCAAGUGAUUGCCACGUAUUCUUCUCCCCAUCCUCUCUCUCCCUACAGCAGUAGAGCACAGGGCUGGGAGCUGCAGAUGCGAACCAGCUCUGGGCUGAGGCUGCUGGGGAUGGGUAAUGGAAUGAUCUCAGCCCUGGCUGAAAUCUGAUGGACUCGGGAAGACUGUGGGAUCCUGCUGGGUUCUCCGUGCUGCCCCAGCCCAGGCAGUGUAAGGAUAUCCCCAGAAAGUCCACUGUAAUAAUGCCAAAGUGGGCAAAGUGCAGCGCAGUGCAUGGAGAAGAUGGAAGAUAGAGAGGUGACGAUGGAGGAGAGAGAGAGGAGCUGGAGGUGUUAGGGUGGCCCAGGCAGGAUAGCAGCUCAGAGAUGAAAACAGUGCUGCUCCAGGUGCACCCAAACUGCUGGGGCAGGAGCAGCUGGGGCUAAUGAGGAGGUCUGGGGAGAGCCAAUGGUUGGGGCCAGCCUGGGGUGUGUGGCUCCAGUGGGGGCAAUAAAUAGGCAGCUGAGGGUUUGGAGAGCAUGAGAGGGAGGGUUGAGGAGCACGUGGAAGCUUUCAGCUGGCAGCAAUCCUUGACCUGCCAAGAUGCCAGUCGUACACGAGCAUGGUGAGAGGAUGAAGAGGUUCAAGAACAAGGGCAAGGACACUGCAGCCCUGCGCAGGCAGCGGGUGGAGGUGAACAUUGAGCUGCGGAAGGCCAAGAAGGAUGAGCAGAUCCUGAAGCGCAGGAGCAUUUCCAUUGUCUCUCUGGAGAAGAGCCCCUCACCAGCAGAAGAGAAAAACGUGAUUGUUCCACUGUCUUUGGAGGAAAUAGUGGAAGCUGUGAAUGGAAGCAAUACUUCGCUCCAGCUGCAGGCGACACAGGCAGCCAGGAGGAUCCUGUCCAGGCAGAAGGACCCCCCUCUCAACCAGAUCAUCGAGCUGGGGAUCAUCCCCAGGCUGGUUGAGUUUCUAUCCCGUACUGACAGUGCUGCUCUGCAGUUUGAAGCAGCCUGGGCACUGACCAACAUCGCGUCCGGCACCUCGGAGCACACCAGGGCAGUGGUGGAGGGGGGGGCCAUCCCUGCAUUCAUCUCCCUCCUGUCCUCCCCCCACAUGCACAUCAGUGAGCAGGCCGUGUGGGCGCUGGGCAACAUCGCAGGUGAUGGUCCUCUGUACAGAGAUGCUCUUAUCAAUUGCAAUGUGAUUCCUCCCUUGCUGGCUCUGGUGUCACCUGUAACUCCAGUUGGGUUCCUGAGGAACAUCACAUGGACUCUGUCAAACCUCUGCAGGAACAAGAACCCAUACCCACCCCUGGAGGCAGUGAGGCAGCUGCUGCCCAUCAUCACCUGCCUGCUGGAGCAUGAGGACAAGGAGAUCGUCUCUGACUCCUGCUGGGCUGUGUCCUACCUGACCGAUGGCUCCAAUGACCGCAUCCAGAUCGUGGUGGAUACGGGGAUUCUGCCACGGCUGGUGGAGCUCAUGGGCAGCCCUGAGAUGAUUGUCAUGACUCCAGCUCUGCGUGCCAUUGGGAAUGUGGUUACAGGGACUGAUGAACAGACCCAGGCAGCUAUCGAUGCUGGUGUCCUGGCUGUCCUGCCCCUUCUCCUUCGUCAUACAAAGCCAGCUAUACAGAAGGAGGCAGCAUGGGCACUCAGCAACAUUGCAGCUGGGCCCUGCCAGCAGAUCCAGCAGCUCAUCACCUGCGGGCUGUUGCCACCUCUGGUGGAGCUGCUUGAUAAGGGGGAUUUCAAGGCCCAGAAGGAGGCGGUGUGGGCAGUGGCCAACCUGACAACUGGUGGCACUGUGGAGCAGGUGGUGGAGCUCGUCCAGUCUGGGGUCCUCAAGCCUCUGCUCAACCUGCUUUUGGCCAAAGACAGCAAAACCAUCCUGGUCAUCCUGGAUUCCAUUUCAAAUCUCUUCCUGGCAGCUGAGAAACUGGGAGAGACGGAGCGGCUGUGUCUGCUGGUGGAAGAACUUGAUGGUCUGGAGAAAAUUGAAGCCUUGCAAACCCAUGACAACAACAUGGUCUACCGAGCUGCUCUGAAUAUCAUAGAGAAGUACUUCUCUGGUGAGGAGACUCCUGAUCUGCAGCCUGGGACCGAUGAGGAUGGGCUAUAUAACUUCUCAGUGGAGAAGCAAGACUUCAACUUCUGAAGACGAAGCUUUGCACAGCUCCGACUUGGUGGGUGGAGGCUGGGUGUCCUGACCAAGAGGAGUGGAGUUGUAUAGUCCUUUUACAUUUGAAACUUAUCAAUAAAUUGCACUUGUGGAUUUGUA